GAACCGUCCGCGCCCGGACUGAGCCCACUACCUGACUCCGAGGGGUGGAGUCUGAGACCCUCGGAGUUGGGACCCGCUGAGGGGUGAACGAACCGGCGGAUGGUCAGGAAGGAUGGAAGCAUGGGUGGGGUGCGGAUGGACCGGUGAAUGGAUGAUGAAGCGCGAAUCAACCUCAGAGGUCUACUGGAUUUCCUAUUGUCCGCAAGCAUGUGCAUAUUCCAAUGGAGGAAAAAGAAAGACCGUGGUGAUGGAGAGCCUGCUCCAGAUGUGCAGAAAAAACCUCCCUCCAGUGCAGGAGAAGAUCGAGCUAUUCUCCUGGGGUUUGCAAUGAUGGGUUUCUCUGUCCUUAUGUUUUUUUUGCUUGGAGUCACCAUUCUAAAACCUCUCAUGCUCAGCACACAGCGAGAAGAGGCCAACUGUACCAUUAUGGACACACAUGUGAAGGAUGACUGGCUGGAUUGUUCGUUCACCUGUGGGGUCGACUGCCGGGGCCAGGGGAAGUACCCUUGCCUCCAGGUGUCUGUAAACCUCUCCCAUUCUGGCCAGAAAGCUUUCCUGCACUAUAAUGAAGAAGCUGUUCAGAUAAACCCAGAGUGCUUUUACACACCAAAGUGCCAUCGAGAUAGGAAUGAUCUACUCAACAGUGCUCUGGACAUCAAGGAAUUCUUUGAUCACAAAAAUGGGACCCCUUUCUCCUGCUUCUACAGCCCAGACAGCAAACCAGAGGAUGUUGUCCUGAUAAAAAAGUAUGACCAAAUGCUUAUCUUCCACUGCUUGUUUUGGCCAUCACUGACUCUUUUGGGUGGUGCACUGAUUGUGGGUAUGGUGAAAUUAACACAACACUUGUCAGUGCUAUGUGACGAGUACACCAAUAUGGUGAGAGAAGCUGGCAACAUAGCUUCCCAGAAAGAGCUGCAACAAUACAAACUGUGGAGGAAGGGGAGACAGAAAGAAAUCAAGGGUUUUUAAGAUGGUGGCCCAGUUAAAAAGUGUCUACUAU